AUGGCAAACGCCGAAGAAGAAAUUCUUGACCUAACAGCCGUGACACCGGAAAAGUGCCGUGUUUGUGGGAAAACCCCGGCCUCAAAAGUCUAUGGAUCAAUUGCUUGCCAAAGCUGUAAAGUCUUCUUUAUGCGAGCCACCACCUCAGGCACUGGGAUGACACUCACAAAGUGUCAAGCCUCAUGCUCACCUCCAAUAGAAUUAGAAAAAUAUAGAUGCUCGUCUUGUCGAUUAAAAAAAUGUUUCGAAGUUGGAAUGGAUCCGGAAGCAACGGCUCGACGCCGCGGAUGUCAACUGCGAGAGAAACGGGCUCAAGUUGGGUUGCGGCCGCGAGGAAGACCGAAAAAAGAACCCAUACUAAAUUGUUUAAAAGCUUCAACAAGUGUUGCACCUGAUUCGAGAGAAGUACAACUGGCAACGACUUGCUACAGCGCUCCAAUCUCGAUGAUUGUUCACGGCGAGUACACGAUCGAGAGCUUUCUCAAUCUUCAACGGCUAGCAGCCUGCAAAGAGGUUUCAUCUCCAAUUCUUCUCGAUUUUCCCUUUUUCACUGGAAACUCUUUGCACGAGGCACUGAGAAAUCCGACUAUUGUUUGUCAGCGAACACCUAUGCAUAGCGAAAGACCACCGGAUAUCCCAGCUGAUUGUGCCGGCACUCUAGUAGGCCGAGCGUUUUCCCGUUUCUUCGUCUUUAUGGCCGAUUGGUGUCGCGGGGUACCCGAGUUCUCACAACUCGACGAAAAUGAUCAAUUGAGUGUCUUUUGCCGGAACAUAUGUAGCAUUUCACAAUUUGAAGACUACUAUCGAACUUAUAAAAUGAAUUUCCAAGAUGGACUUCUAAUAAUCUUUGGAAUGCCACUCAAAGUCGCCACUCAACCUCAUUUUCAAGGAGUAAAACCCACAUAUGAUUUCCAUAUGACUUGUGGUUUGGAUAUUGUGAUCCCUUGCAUGAAAAAGACGGAAAUGGGCGACGAGGAGUUUGUCUUGAUGAAGAAUAUCCUUCUCUUUUCGUCGGACUUGGGUCUGAAGGAGAAAAGUGCUCAAGUUGUGCGAAAAGCUUUCAGAAAGUACUCGAGUAUGUUGCUUGAGCAUCUAAAAACUCGUUUUGUCGAUGAGCAGCUUGUCAUUUCAAAAUUCACACAACUGAUGAUGAUCCCACAAUGUAUGCAGGAUCUCGGAGCGAAGAUGGCCCGGCAAUUUUGUCGAAAUUUGCUCACAAAACAGUGCGGAAUGGUUGGCACGCUGGCUGAUGAGCUUUUUAUAAGACUG